GUCAUAUUGUCACAUUCAGCUGACGUCACACUCUGCGCACUCUGUUACAUGUGGAUAAGCGAUUUGUAGCAUAACAUUAAAAUUUCUUAAACUAUGCGUUUGGGUUGUAGUUAACGUAAUAUUUUUUUAAAAGACUGUCGAAUCUCAGCGACCGCAGCUCAUUCGUUCAUUCAUAUGGACCGACAAAAGCCCACAGUUAUUAGAAAAACAGCUGCAGACAUCUGAACUUGUUAGCCAGAUCGCUACUUUAGCAAAGGAAGGGAAAGUCCAGGCUGCAUGACAUGGAGAACUACAAAAAAGAACGCACAGUCGAGCAGCCCUGCCCGUGUCCAUUCCCCGACCUGCCCAGCGACACUCCAGAAGUUCGAGUGAAGGAUGGCAGCAAAAUCCGCAACCUGAUGAGGUUCGCUUUAAGCCGUAUGGAGGAGAAAACAGCCUCCGCAGAUCAUUCAGGCCCUCAAGAAGGCUCAGAGGUGAGCGUCGGGUCGGGGGAGAAACUGUGCCGCCAAAUCGUGUUCAUGGGUGUGGGUCAAAGCGUGGCUAAAGCCAUCACGUGCGUGGAGAUCAUGAAACGCCGUGUACACGGCCUGCACCAGCAAACCAAGCUGAUCUAUCGCACGGUUCAGGAGGUCUGGGAGCCCCUGGAGCCUGAGGCCGGCUUGGACAGUCUCACAGUCAGCAGAAAUGUGCCCAGUAUAUGGGUUCUGCUCUCCAGAGACUCGCUUGAUAAGAACCAGCCGGGUUACCAAGCGCCAGGUUCUUUUGAUGCCUUGUGGGCUCAGGCUCUCAAAGAGGAAGCGGCCACUCCGAAACAUGGACAGAGAAGGAAGAGGGGAGGGACAGGGUCUGGAAGGACAGAAGGGGCUGGGAGAGGAAAGGGUCCACGCAAGCACGUGGGUCGACCUGGAGGACCACGUAAACCUCUAGGUCAUGCUAGCGGUGGGCAGGAUUGAAUCAGUGUUGCGUCUUCCUGCUGUAGCUGGGAUCAUAUUGAGCAUUUUCCACUUUGAAGUGCCAUAUCUUGAGAAUGUCUGUCAUAAAAAUGAGAGUUUAAAAGGUCAAUACAUAAGAAGUCCCUUUAUAGUUCAUCUAAAAAUAAAAUUCUGUCAUUAUUAAUUCAUCCUAAUCUGUUUCUAUAAAUAAAUUAAACUGAUUUCAGAAAAACAUCACAUUAAAUUUCCCCAUUGAAAUAUUGUGCCUAAGACACCAGAAUCAGAUAUUCUACUUUUUUAUGCAGCAGCAUGUUUUUUUCGUUAAAAUAUCUUAAUACAAAAACAAUUAUUCAGAAGUAUGAUAUAAAUUGCUAGAAAAAUAUAGAUUUGUCCAGAUUGGUAAUCAUAUGUAAUCACUGUUGACAUAUUUUAAGGAAAAAACAUUGCAUUUUUUUUCCAUUUGGAUGAGUUGUUGCUGAUCAUGUUGAAGUAAACAAACGCAUUGCAUCUUUGUUUUAUAUUCUUGCAGAUUUGAUUAACAGACUAAGUGCCAGGUGAAAUUUUUCAUAUCAAAAGAAUGAGAAUAGGCCUAUGUCAUGGUUUACUACUGAACCCUCCAUUAUUUCAUGCAAAGGAAAGGAAAUUGUGUAUUUUGAAUACCAAAUAUAUCUGCGGAAAAUACACAAAUUUGGUCUUGAAGGGCUGUGUGACCAAAUGCCAGUGUUUUUAGAAGACACAGCUCAGAAAGUCUGUAAGCAUGCAGAUGUUGUAUUGGUUGUUGUUUUUUUUUAUAUAUAGUUCAGGUGAAAAAUGUGUUAUUUGAUCAGAUUUUAGGCAUAUCAGCAGCAGUGGAGAAAUUAAGUCAAUACUCGAAAUGAAUUUCAUGUUUUCCCAGCACAGACUGUUUGUUGUAGUAAAGUACAAAGACAGUGAAUGCUUUAGAGAAAUUAUAUGUACAAAUAAUAAUUAGUUCGGUGGCUGAUGAAAUUGUAACCAUGUUUUCCUUUGACUGUUUUGGAAUUGUAUUAUUUUGAAUGAAUAAAGUGUCAGCGAAGGUGUUUUUCCACAUCUGUAAUAUGACACUUGUUGAUCUUAAAAACCCAAAUCUUUCUAGAAUCUUAUGCAAAACCAUAUGGGGAUGAGAGAGAAGCGAUUUUGAAUGUCAAAUGUUCUUUUACUGAAUAAACUAAGAAACGCACAGAUUUUUCAGU